AUGAAGGUUGCUGAUGCAGUUGGUGGGAAUCGGCGAAAACUCCUCGGUGUAUUCGUCAAGGAGUGGCUUCUCCAGCGAGAACGGUCUUUGCCAGUGAUCAAGUAUGAGAGCAACCUCAAGCCCGAUGAAGAUGUAGCAGCUGAUCUUGCACAAUCGCAGUCAUCGGGUGCGAGUGACUCAACCAACCAGCAACUCCAGAUACGUGCUCCAAAGCGUGCUCGAGCUGAGAGUUGGACUGCAGAGGCUGCUGACCGAGCUAAGAAGUCAGCGAGGAUGUAA